AUGGUAAUUAUCUCAGCUGCAAUAUGUGAUAAGAAUGGAAUCCUGUUUAUAGGAAGACAAUUUUAAGGAAUUACAACAAAUGAAUUAAAGGAACAAGUUCGUAAUUUUCCUAAAUUGAUUUCUCCAACUCAAUAGCAUACAUUCAUCGAUCAUGAGAAUUUAAGAUAUAUUUAUACUCCCAUUGAUAACAUUUACAUCGUUCUGAUUACAUCAAAAAAUAGCAAUAUUAUCGAGGAUUUAGAAGUAUUAAGAAUUUUGAAGAAUGUUCUUUCUGACAUCUGUUAAUAAGUUAGCGAAGAGUCAAUAAAAAAGAAUAGUUUUGAAAUACUUUUAGCCAUUGAUGAUAUAAUAUCUGCUGGAUUGAGAGAAAGCACAACAACAAGUUAAGUGUAGACAGCCUUGGAGAUGGAAAGUUCAGAAGAGAAGAUUCAUAUGAUGUUAACCAGAGCAAGAGAAAAUGAAGCAAAAGAAUAGGCUAAAAAACAUUAGAUGGAAAUGGAAAGAAAGAGAUAAGAAGAAUUAGCCUAGAGAAAGACUUAAAAGUAAUCCAAAGCUAUUGAUAAUGCAUUCAAAUUACCAUAAAAUGAAGAAAAGGUAAAUCCUGCACCUAAAUCUGAAAUAAUAAGUGAAAUUUUAAGCACUCCAUCUUAAGUAUUGCAAAAAUAAUCAAAUGUGAAAUAAGCUCCAAAGAAAGGAAUGUAAUUAACAAAAAAGAAAGAAGCCACCUCAUUUGAAUGAAUUUAAUAUUAAUAAUGCAAAUAGCUAUAA